GUGUAUAUUACACACUCCAAUUGUCUUUUUGUCAAUGACAGAGGUCUUUUACACCCUGGGUGGACCAUUCCAUUCAUGUCGUCAGGGGAGAUCGAUUUAUCGUCUGCAGUUGUAAUUUGAUUAGGUGAUUUAAAAGAGAUUAGACUUUUAAAAAGUAGCUUAUUUAAAACACGCUGUGCUACGUGAAUGGAUAAUACAUAGAAUUAACAUUUUAUUUUCAUUUAAAUUAAAUAUAUAUAUUUUUUUUUUAAUUUGUAAGUAAAAACUCAUCAUGUCUAUGGACUUUAGGAAGACAACGUACCGUCCAACACGGACAGACAACCGUUUCAGAACAAGUUAUGCCCUCAUGUCACAAUGGAUGAACCGAAAAGGUUCUGGACAAGCUUACAGAAAGGAACCACUCCCACAAACGUUUGCCAUAGCAAUGCAAGGUAAUGCAGCGUUUCCACGACAACCAGUGUUCUCAGCAGGGUCAAGGUCGGCAGACGACUUUAGAGGUCAAAGAGAACAGUACCCACCGGACCCAAUGUUGUAUAAUGUGUCAGCACCACAGGCAGCUAUUGAUGAGAAUGUCCCGGUACAUUUGAGAUUCAACGACACAGCGGGGUAUGAUGAUUUCCAUAAAGCAUUCAACCAAGUCAGCAAACAGUGGCCAUCAGCUAGUUAUCCAGACUUUGGACCACCUAGAUUACGUCACGGGCGUGCUGGUGGAAGUUGGAGACACGUGAAAGAGGUUUUACAGGCUGGUGGCUCACGAAUUGUUUUUGUCGAUGGUGUGAUAAGGUGGGCUGACGGGGUGAAAAUAGACGAAAUUCCAGGCGGUAAUUUAAUUCAGCCGAGAGUAGGACAAAUUAAGUCACGAUACAUAACUCCCAGCAAACCGGAAAAGAACCCAAGUGCUGACCAAGUAGUAAACCAAUCACAACCUCAAGAACGUGCACACAUUGACCAAGCGCCAGUCUUUACCCGCAGUAGAACUGAAAUGCCUGCUAGUUCAUUUAGACAAGCUGGUAGACAAAAGAGUGGGCUUUAAACCAGAAGUAUGGCACCGAGAGAAAUAACUGGCUUAUUAUGAGAUAAUUAUCUUCUUUCAUUAGAUCUAACAAUAACAUGAAACAUUAUAGUCUAGGAAAAACAUUGAAAAAUGCAAGUUGAUAGAUUUAGACGUUACUUGUACAAAUGUUUAAUGUCGUUACAGUUAUGGAACUGAUUCACCAUUGAAAAGCCAAAAUGUUUGGCACUUUCAAUAUAUAUUCACAGAUAAACAUUCAGUAUUAGACAAUUAAUUGACACUGGUUUAAUGUUUGUAUUAGUUUAUCGGAUUUAUUUUGCAGCCAUUCUUAAUUGCCCAUGUAUAUAACACGCCUUUCUUUGUUCUGCUCAAUUGUUUCCUGCUCUGUCAGUAUUAUUCGUGUUGAAAUGUAAUUUAUUUUAAAGGUCAUGUUCCAGUCAAUAAAGAUGUUCUGUUUGUAAAAUGA